AUGAGCAAGACUCCUGCUACUUUUGUGGUCGAACACCUCGACUCCGAAUUAGGUCCCUGGUCUUCCUUGGAAUAUGGUUGUAUCGCUCAUGAAUCCCACGCAACAGGCGCUCAGUUCCUGCUCAGCUCCGUUCCCCCGUCGUUGCAGCUGCCUCAGGAGCUGGCCGCCACUGAGGGCCUCGAGAUUAACCAGCGCAGCGUCGAAGAAAUCUUUGCGGACCGGAAGGACAAGGUCUGCUUGCUUGAUCCGGCGGCCCAGGUCGAGUUGAGCCCGGCCGAUGGCGAUCAGUUUGAAGUGUUUCUCUUUGGCGGUAUUCUUGGCGAUGAUCCUCCGCGGGAUCGUACCAAGGAAUUGAGAAAAAAGGGCUACGCAGGACGUCGGUUAGGUCCUAAGCAGAUGACCACCGAUACGGCAGUGCGAGUCACCCGUAUGAUCUCGCAGGAUAGAAUUCCUCUAGAGCAAGUCCCAUACAUCGACUACCCAGAAAUUCGGAUUACCGAGAAUGAGCGCACCGAAAUGCCAUUCCGCUAUGUCAAGGGUGCGGAUGGCCAACCGAUCAUGCCUUCUGGUAUGAUCGAUCUCAUCAAGAAGGACGCCGACAAAGGCGUCGAUGAUCUAUUUUAA